AUGUAUGCCACCCGCUCCAUCAUAAUAUGCAUCGCCAGCCCUCUUCUCAUGAUGGGACCUCCGGCUAUUCUCGCUUUUCUCUGGAACUGCCUCGAUCUUCUCUGUCUUUGCGUCGUCAAUGAUCGUCAAGGCGUCCAUCCCAUCGCUUGCAUCAUUGUCGACGGCCUGCUGUUCCUCGGGCUGGGAGCCAUGUCCGGCGUGAUCGCCUUUACCCUGUCAAAGCUCGACGACUCGGGCUACUACUUUGCUUUCUUUCAAGACGAGGCAGGCGAGGAGUAUCUUCGCAUUGUCCUGGGCUUCGGGAUCCUGGCAACGUAA